AUGGAGAAAAUGAUGAGUACGCAAGUUGAAGAAAGCAAGCAUAUGAAAGAGGAACAAGAAAAGGUGAAAGAAAUAAUAAUAGAAAAUAAUAAAGGAAUAGAAGAAGGAAAGGGAAGAUUGAAAGUAAUAAAAGAGAUGAAAGAAAGAGCGGGUAAACGAAUGGAAGAAGAGCAAAAGAAGCUGACUGAGUUGGGAACUAAGAUAGAGAAAGUAAGAAAGGAAGAAACGUAUGCGGAGAAGGUGAGAAGCGUUCCACCCCAAAACAAGACACUACACUCAAUCAUAGUGGCGUCGACCGACGAAACGCUCACGAGCGACCAGGUGUUCGACGCGGUGGGGAAGUCGGUCGACGAAAAUGGGGAGUGGAACGAAGUAAGGAGGGUGAGAAAGGCGAAAGGACAAAAAGUAAUUAUAGGGUAUACAAAGGAAAGUGAGGCAGAGAAAUUGAAAGAGAAGAUCGAAAGAAACAAAAUAUUGAAGGUGGAAAGAGCGAAAAAUAAAUAUUCAUUAGUGAUAGUGAGGAAUGUAAGAGGAGAGAGAAAGAAAGAAGAAGUGAUAGAGGGAUAA